CUGCGUAAGUGCGUCGGUAUCAUUUAUCAAAUACGAUUUGCAAGUCAUAAAAUUUUAUUUCAAAAAGUUCUGAUUUCCUGAAAUCGUCUGUUAUAAAAUAAUAAAUUUGUGUUGCUCUGAAGAUAUAAAAGUGGAUAGUGAGAAGCUUUGCACUAAUUUUCCGUUUACUUCAGUUCUUCAAAAAUGCCUUCUGGUGGUGCGCUUUUUGGAAGUUCGGCCGGUGGACCUGGCUCAACCGGUGGCAUAAAGCAUCUCAUCGAAAUGAGAGCAGGGAAAAUGAACCAGAAAGGACGUAUGGUGGUUCCUGAUGUUCGGAAGGGUCUGUUGUACGUGUAUCAGAGUGAAGAUUCGCUCAUGCAUUUUUGUUGGCAAGAUAGAACAACUGGUAUAGUAGAAGAUGAUCUAAUAAUCUUCCCUGAUGAUUGCGAAUAUGUGAAAGUCCCUCAGUGUACAACAGGCCGAGUGUAUCUUCUAAAGUUUAAAUCUUCGCAUAGGCGCUUUUUCUUCUGGCUACAGGAACCCCGCACCGAUAAGGAUGAAGACAAUUGCAAGAGAAUCAAUGAAAUUUUAAACAAUCCCUCUGGAAACGUCUCCAGUGGAGGGUCGAGCGAUCAGGAUUUACAGUCCCUGUUAAAUAACAUGUCGCAAUCUCAACUAAUGCAAUUGUUUGGAGGCGGUGUUGGGCAAAUUGGAGGGCUCUCCUCAUUAUUAGGAACUAUGAACCGUCCAUCGACUGGUGGUACACGUAGUUCUGGAGCCACUCCCGCUUUAACACAUCGUACCACUUCUUCAACUCCAAGCGCUACUACUACCAGCACUACUGCACCGACUGGCACCACUACGACAACUACUGCGGAAACCCCUACCUCCCAGCCAGUUACGCAAUCUGCCAGUUCCAUUAAUAGCCCAAUUCAAUUAACCGAUUUGCAAAACUUUUUGCAGGGCAUAGCACCGACCGCUUCGACCGAUCCGCAGUCCGUGGACUUGUCAACCGCACUAACAGGUGAUGCUUUGUCCGGUUUGUUGAGCAAUUCUGAUGCAAUGAAUCAACUAGAGACCCAUCUUCCCGCUAUCGGCGGAACAACUGAAGAUCAGCUUCGAUCAACAUUAGCUUCUCCGCAGUUUCAACAGGCUGUGCAGCAGUUCUCGAGUGCAUUAGAAUCAGGACAGUUAGCACCCAUUGUUUCUCAACUAGCCGUUAGUUCGGAAGCAGUUGCAGCCGCUUCACAUGGUAACAUGGCGGAUUUUGUUAAGGCGCUGGAGAAAGGUGGUUCGGAUGAGUCUUCCAAGAAGGACGAAAAAAAGGAAAAUAAGAAUAAGAAGAAAAAUAAUCCGGAUGAUGAUGACGAUGAAGGCAUGCAGUUAGAUUAAAAUUCUUUAUUAAAACUCGUUACAUUUUUAUUUC